AUGGCUCUGUUCCGACUUUCGGCCUCCGCCCCACCCUCUCGAGCUUGCGAGAUUACGGAGUGCUCAAAGGCAAGGCCACCUUCCCCCCCUGAGCCGCCGGACCCGCCAGACCAAGCCCCUGCACCGUUGUGCGCGCUCAGCCCUUCCGUCCUCCACCACCGUCUGGCGCCGGUAUCACUCCUAGACCAGAUCGGCACUGGAUCUAGGUGGUGCUCUCGUCGCGUUAAUGGCGAUGGUCUCGCCCCCCACGGGAUCUCCCUCCAAUCCCUCCACCGUGAGGAGAUCCCGCGCCGCCGCUUACACACCGGCAAAGCCUCUCUCUGUAGAGAUCCGCAUCCCUCUCCGCCGUGGUGA